AUGAGGUUGAACAGUCCGUCACUGAGCCCGCCACCCAGCCCGAUGCACAGAACACCGUCGACAUCGAAUCCUUCCACCAGAUCCUCGACCGAGGAUGACACCCACAAUUCUUCCCGUGGCAUAGCCUGGGCCUACUUCUCCCAGGCCAGCACCACAUUCACCGAGAUGGACGAGGACUGUUGCAGCUCCGUCAAGGACCUCUAA